UCCCCGCCCCUCUCCCCCUGUAUCUCUUUUUGUGAUCUUCACGUUGCGGUGCCUGUGUCCUCCGGCACGACCUUCUCUGGGCAUUUAACUUAGUAAACAGGGCCUUAACUAAAAAAUAAUGGCACUUUCAAGCCGAACCCAGAUUUUAUUUUCAAAUAUCCUCAAAUUUUCUUCAUGUUCCCAGCUUGCUGCUUCAAACAGAUCAAGCUCAUGGUGGUCUCAUGUUGAAAUGGGUCCUCCAGAUGCCAUUUUAGGAAUCACAGAAGCCUACAAAAAGGACACAAAUCCUAAAAAGGUUAAUUUGGGUGCUGGUGCAUAUCGUGAUGAUAACGGAAAACCUUAUGUCCUGCCAAGUGUAAAAGCUGCAGAACAAAGACUACUCUCGGAAAAUCUGGAUAAAGAAUAUGCUGGAAUUGCUGGAAUAGCAGACUUUUGUAAUGCUGCUGCAAAGCUUGCAUUCAAAGAAGAUAGUGUUGUUAUUAAAGAUCACCUAAACGCAACUGUUCAAGGUAUAUCUGGUACAGGUUCUUUAUACAUUGGAGCUGCUUUUCUUAGUGAAUUCUUGAAAGGCACUAAAGAAGUUUACAUGCCUAAUCCAACCUGGGGAAAUCAUAUUCCUUUAUUUAGGCGGUGUGGAUUUGCAAUUAAGCAGUACAGAUAUUAUGAUUCAAAAACAUGUGGUUUCGACUUCAAUGGUGCAUUGCAAGACAUAGCAAAAAUUCCAGAAAAUUCUGUAAUCUUGCUCCAUGCCUGUGCUCAUAAUCCAACUGGUGUUGAUCCUAAGCAUGAACAAUGGAAAGAAAUGUCAAAAAUUAUUAAGGCAAGAAAGAUUUUCCCUUUCUUUGACAUGGCUUAUCAAGGAUUUGCUUCUGGCGACUGUGACAAAGAUGCACAAGCUGUUAGAAUGUUCAUUGAGGAUGGUCAUAGAAUUGCAUUAGCACAGUCAUUUGCUAAAAACAUGGGACUCUAUGGUGAACGUGUUGGUGCUUUUACUGUGGUAUGUGAUUCUAAAGAUGAAGCUCAAAGGGUUAUGUCACAGUUGAAAAUUAUAAUUAGGCCAACUUAUUCUAAUCCACCUGUGCAUGGUGCUAGAAUUGCUUCACUUGUUCUAACAGAUCCUAAGCUGAAUAAACAAUGGUUACAAGAAGUAAAAGGUAUGGCUGACAGAAUUAUAGGAAUGAGGACUAGAUUGCAUGAUGGUUUAAAGAAAGAAGGCUCAACAAGAAAUUGGCAGCACAUAACAGAUCAAAUUGGGAUGUUCUGCUUCACUGGAUUGACACAAGAUCAAGUGGAAAAAUUAACAAAGGAAUUCAGUAUAUAUUUAACUAAAGAUGGCCGAAUUUCAGUUGCUGGUGUCUCUUCAGGAAAUGUUGACUACUUAGCUCAUGCAAUGCAUCAAGUGACUAAAUGAACAGACUACAAAUAAUGUCAAUAAAGUCUUUUAAAUAUUUAAUUAAAAUAAUUUUUAUUUUUGUGCCUUGAACACCUUUAGAUGCAAACUUAGAUUGUUUUCUUGUUAAAGAUUUAUAGAAAUACAACAAUCAAAAUAUGCAUUGUACAUUCUAGAUCAAAUAGUUUUGAUAACUGGCUGUAAAUAUUUCAUGUUAAUAAAAAAUAAUAGAAAUUGUUAA